CAACAAGCUCCAAGAAUGCCAGCUCAUCCUCAUCAUCAACAACCUCACCGAACAAAUACACGAUGCCCCCUCUUCCCCCUUCCGCCAACCCUUUACCACGGCUGAUCACAUAUUACCAAACUCAUCAUGACUCCUCGGGAAAUCUCAUCUCACCCCUCUCUCUCAUCACACAACCCGGUAUCGCCAUAACCCACGUCAUUGUCGCCGCCAUUCACAUCAACGAUGAUCCUCAAAAGAUCACGCUCAAUGAUUAUCACCCAUCUCACCCCAUUUUUCAGACUAUGUGGGCUGAACUACGUGUACUGCAAGCCUCAGGUGUGAAGGUGAUGGGCAUGCUGGGUGGUGCUUGUAAGGGCAGCUAUGCACGCCUGGAUGCCGACCAAGAGACAUUUGAUCGGUACUAUGGUCCCGUGAAAGACAUGAUUCGAGAGCGCGGUCUGGACGGCCUGGAUCUGGAUGUCGAAGAGGAGAUGACCCUGGGAGGAAUUGUGCGGCUGAUAGACCGUCUACGCAGCGACUUUGGGCCAGCUUUCAUCAUCACUCUGGCACCAGUCGCCAUGUCUCUUCUUGACUUCACCAAGAAUCUCAGCGGCUUUGACUACGAGGCUCUUGAAGUGAUGCGCGGACGUGAUAUCGCCUGGUACAACACGCAAUUCUACUGCGGCUGGGGAGAUUGCAGUAAUCCCCUUAUGUACGAUCUCAUGGUCCGCAAGGGCUGGCCACCAGAGAAGAUCGUCAUAGGACUUGUCACCAAUCCUGAGAAUGGAAGCGGCUAUGUGCCGAUGAACCCUCUCAAUAUGGUGCUCACAACGUUGCGGGGCCGAUAUGGAUCGUUUGGAGGAAUCAUGGGCUGGGAGUACUUCAACAGUUUGCCUGGAGGAAAGGAACGGCCAUGGGAGUGGGCCAGGGAGAUGACCAAGUUGUUGAGAGGGCAUUUGUUGUCGGCGCCUGCACAGGCUACACAACCAGUACCACCGGCGGCGGUAGAAAGUGGUUCAAAAGCAAAGAACGAAGACGUUGAUCCAGAUGGACCUGGUGGACAAGAUGCACCAGUGCCAAAACAGUUUGAGUACUACUCGGAUGGGCUUGAUGAUUAGACAUAGAAAGCAACCUGGCCCAGGGACAGAUGGCUUUCACAUUUGCGAGCGAUAGCGACUAUAUAGCCCUUCGCAGUUCACUACGAUAAAACGAAUAGACCUGUGUUAUAGAGGCAGUCCACUUGCGAACAAGGUCGUAUCAUCGC